UUUUGUUCAGUAGAGAAUCUAUGGAGAGGAUGGUGGAAGCUUCUGCUCAGGAAGCCAAGGCUGUGAAUCCUGUCUGGGUUGACAGCUGCAAACAAGCUCUAGAUGUGAGAUCGCAAGAGAGAAACCGUGUAGUGGAACACUUAAAUCAGUUCUUUAAUUCAUGGUGGGUCAAAAGAAUGCUUUUCACCUUCGAUAGUUGUGAAAUUUGAGCAGUUGCAGCUUCAGAUGAAUGAUGGAAUGGAAAACCUGUAUAGCAUCUUGGUAAGAUUCGAUGAUCAAAGCUCAACAGAUUCAUUUCACAAACAUUUUAAUGGAAGGCGUUUCUAAUAUUUGGAGACAUAAUCAUGUCGUGUGCUUUUCACUGUUGAUGUUCAAUACACAAGCUCAAUUGAACACACGUAGACUUCCCCAGCAAAUGCAGAGCAGCCCUCAUGUCCUGUUUGUCUUGAGAGAUUGGACCAAGAUAUGAGGGGGAUUCUAACAACAAUCUGCAACCAUUUAUUCCAUUGUUCUUGUAUUUCAAAAUGGACUGAUUCUUCAUGCCCUGUUGAUGUAUUUCCGGCACCACAAAUCCAUGGUUCAAUAAAAAGGUUUAACUUUGACAUGGAUGCAGGUGGGUACGGUAGCAGAUGUUGUUAAUACAUCAUUCCCUCUUUUGGCUAGGCUGCAUGAGGCAUACCUGCUUUUCCAACAUGUUAUGCCUGAAAACCAGCCAGACUUCCCUGCUGCUACCCAAUCAGCCAGGAAUUUACUUUUUCUAUAUUUGUUUUUAUCAAAGAUCAAUGUAACUACAUUUGAGUAUUCGACAUGUCAUCAUGUUUGCAGGUACAACUCAACAAAUUUUUUACAGGUUUUGAGAAAGCUUGUGGAUGAUGCUUCAAAGUUUCUGAAUGAUAAGGUCACAAAAGCUAUUGUAACAGUUCCUGCUUAUUUCAAUGAUUCCCAAAGAAUAGCAACAAAAGAUGCAGGUCACAUUGCUUAUGGUUUUGAUGUUUCAGUUCUUGAAGUUGGUGAUGGAGUUUUUGAGGUGCUUUCUACUUCUAGAGACAUACAUAUUGGUGGUGAUGACUUUGAUAAGGGUUGGAAGGAACUGGAACUGGCCUUGUUGUACAUGAGAAAGCUCUUGGAAAAAUCUUUAAUAGGACUUGUUACCAGGACAGACAUACGGAUGAAAGUGGAAAUCCCUCAAGAUACACAGCUUGUGGAGCCACUAGAUGAAGCUUGUAUAUGGCGCCGCCACUGAAACUUUAGGAGCCGAGAACAAAGCUGAAUCCACAGAGAAGGUUCAAUUACAAUUUACAAAUCCUCCCUUCUGUUUUCUUAAAUAUUAUCAUAUAUGUUUUUUAAUGAAUAAUGUAAUCAUAUGUAUGAAUAUGAAAUAAAGCUUGUUAUUUAGUAUGUGAUAAUCAUGUAUAGGGAGAAAACUUCUAUUGAUUUG